GACACCCGGGGCCCAGGCUCCCGCCGCCUCUUGCCAGCAAGUGGGAGCAGAGUCUCAGGUGCCCGAGGAGAGGAGCCCCACCCCAGGGUCCCUGCCCGGGGAGGCGCCGCCCGGCAGUAAGACAGAGGACGGGACCCCCGGGGGCCCAGCUCCAGCCACGGCCCUGCUGAUCCGCGAGGCUCUGGUGCGAGGGGGCCUGGACAGCUUGGCGGCGGAUGCUAACUUCGUCAUGGCCACGGGCCAGGCGCUGGCGGAGGCCUGCCGGAUGGAACCGCGAGAGGUGGAGGUGGCAGCCGCAGGGCUUCUGCAGGGACGAGAGGCCCUGGAGGGCCUGCCUGGUGCCCGAGGGUGCCUGGGCCUCGGGUCCUCCCUGGGCAGCCUCGACCAGCAUGAGGGCUCCCAGGAGACCCUGAUUCCCCGCAGGCCAUGAGGGCCCCAGCGUCUGCGUGGGCCUGGGCUGGCGAGACCGAGGGUGGGCGAUCUGUUGCUGGAAGGUUAGCCCAGCUCGGCAGCCUUGAUGGACAGAGGGAUGGGCUGGGGCGGGCAGGGGGGUCAGGAAACGCAUCCAAGUUCAGCGGGCAGAAGGCGAAGUCACUCUCCUCACCAGCAAGCCGUGUGAGUGGACAGAGCUUCUGUGUCGUUCAGAGGCCUGGUCAGUGCUGGCAGGAGAUUAAAGUCUCCAGGCCUGCGACAGGG